CGCCUGCGCCCGGCGGCACACCCAGAGAAAACCUCAGCCGCGAUCGCCGGACCUUCCUUGUUCGUUCCCGCCGACGCUGCUGCAGAUCAGUCCCACGCCGCGCGAGGGGCCGAGGAGAUGUCGACGCCGGGCGGGGAGGACGACAAGAAGCCGGCGAGCGCGGGCGGCGACGGCGGCGGCGCCCACAUCAACCUCAAGGUCAAGGGCCAGGAUGGCAAUGAGGUGUUCUUUCGCAUCAAGAGAUCUACCCAGCUGAAGAAGCUGAUGAAUGCCUACUGCGACCGCCAGUCUGUGGAUAUGAAAGCUAUUGCAUUCCUGUUUGACGGUCGCAGGCUCCGUGCCGAGCAGACCCCUGAUGAGCUUGAGAUGGAAGAUGGCGACGAGAUCGAUGCCAUGCUCCACCAGACCGGAGGCCGCCUCCCUCCACGCGCCUAGAAGAAGCCGUCGAGAGUCCUGCUUGUUGUCGGUCUACAAGACUCUGAUCCAUCAUUAGAGAGCACAUGAACGAAUGAAAGUCUAAAAAGAACUUGUGAGGCUCUGGCCCCAUGCCAUAGCUGAAGGACAUUAGGGGAGGUUUUGUUUAGUGCCGUUUGGGUACUUUGGCCUGUCAUGACUCGUUUAUCCAUCCCUUAAUAUAUCCACCUAUCCAGUACUGUCUUUUUAGUACUCCCAAUGAUUUGAGAUUGUUUUAGUUCCUCGAA